UUUCUCGAAAAUCUUAUAAAGAUAAUAAAGAGGUGACAUGAAAAGAGCGAAGCCUCAGAUAGUCGACCGGACAUUACAAAGAUUCCAAACAGACCGACCGAAGCGUCAGGGCAUACAAAAGAGAAGUUACUAAUAUGGGACGAAGGUAGUACAUGCCAUAGCCAGAAUUUCAGAGACAGAAAUGCUAAGGGCAGCCAUGUCAACAAUCCUUCUUCCCCUUCAAUCUUCACAUUCUCUCAAGCACUUGUUCUUCCAAAAACCCCUUAUCCAGUUUUUCUCUCAGCCAAGAAAGAUUACAACUACUGCAAGACUGUUUUCGCUGAAACCUCUUGCAGUUUCAUCUCCAAUUAGGAACUAUGUGGAUGAAAAAAUCGAUCCCACAUACUUAUCUUGCUCAAUGCCUCACAAGAAUCCUCUCAAAGUGGCGGUUUUAGUUAGUGGCGGUGUCGAUAGCAGCGUGGCUCUUCGGCUACUUCAUGCUGCUGGACAUUCCUGCACCGCUUUCUAUCUCAAGAUUUGGUUUCAGGAAGACUUUGAGAACUUUUGGUCUGAAUGCCCAUGGGAGGAUGACUUGAAAUAUGCGAAGGCUGUUUGUGACCAGGUUGAUGUACCAUUGGAAGUUGUCCAUUUGACUGAUGAAUAUUGGAAUAAUGUGGUGUCAUAUAUCAUUGAGGAGUACAAAUGUGGCAGGACUCCAAAUCCAGAUGUCCUUUGUAAUACUAGAAUAAAAUUUGGUGCUUUUAUGGAUGCCAUUAGUGGAAUGGAAUUUGACUUUGUUGCUUCGGGACAUUAUGCAAAGAUUGUCCACGCAUCUACUGAGCAGCUGGACGAACCUUCUGUCUUGGAAUUGUCAAAAGAUAUGGUCAAGGACCAAACGUACUUCCUUUCUCAUCUCUCACAGGCUCAGCUUAAACGACUUAUUUUCCCGCUUGGAUGUAUCCAAAAGGAUGAAGUUCGCAUGCUUGCUAAGUCAUUUAAUCUACCAAACCAAGACAGGAAGGAUUCACAAGGAAUAUGUUUUCUUGGCAAGAUAAAAUUCAGUGAAUUUGUUGCUAGACACAUUGGAGAAUCAGAAGGUGUUAUAUUGGAAGCAGAGAGUGGAGAUUAUCUUGGAAACCACCGUGGCUUUUGGUUCUAUACUAUUGGGCAACGCCAAGGUUUACGUCUUCCUGGAGGGCCCUGGUAUGUUGUAGAGAAGGAUAUUAGAAACAAUGUUGUCUAUGUAUCAAGAAACUAUUUCUCUGUUGACAAGAAAAGACGGUUAUUUCGCGCUGGAUCCUUCAAAUGGCUCAGUGGAUCACUUCCUAGACAAAUCAAUGAGCUUCAAUGCAAGGUUCGUCAUGGUCCCGGUUUUUACAACUGCAGCUUGGUCAUGGAAGUUGAUGAACAUGGCCAGGAAGUUGCAGUUGUCCGGUUAUCUGAAGAUGAUCAGGGUUUAGCAGCUGGACAGUUUGCGGCCUUUUAUGAUGGAAGGACUUGUAUUGGUUCUGGCGUAAUACUGGAGUCAUGGGAUGAUCAGGGAUAUCCUAUUUGUGAGAGGGCUCUUGAAAUUGCUCGAACGGAAGAUAAAUCCAAGCUCGGUAAACCAGUCAAGAUAAUGGUAAAACCAGAGCCUAGUGUUAUUGCAAUCUGAUUAUGACUACCAGGCAAAGCUUUUUGUGGAACUGCUAAAUCUGGAACUGUUUUCAACAUGAAAUUUCGCCUGAUUUGGUAUCCAUUAAAUUGGCUGCAAUAGUUUGAAGAAAAGCAGUUACAAAGUGUUCUAGGCUUUAUACAUGUGGACACUCGAAAUUUAUCAAGAUUUAUCAGGAGGGCUAGUGAGUUACGCACCUGGGAUUGGACUGGUUGGUUGAUCUUCAGUUGUAGAGGAACUAGUGUUGAUCUUUGGUGUUAUCUAUUUCCCAAGAUUUAGUGGGAGCUUGAGAGGCAUUGGUUAAAUGAAGCAGCUUCAUUUUUCAU